AUGGCCCCAAUGCACCACCACCGCCGAAGAUCCGGGCAUAUCUCCGGCAACUCGUCGUUGACAGACGUACGAAAGGCCGUCACCGCAACAGACCUUUCACAAAAAAAGUACUCAUCCCGUCCUUCGAUGACCAGGAGGACCACCCCCCAGACCGUCCCGAAACUGGGAAAGAAUCCCCGGGAUCGCGAGAAGGAACUCGACGAACAACGUUGGUGGGAUGAAGAGCGUGAGAGCUUCCCAGAGUAUUGCAUGAUCUGUGAGAAGCAAUUCGUCCCGUUAGAUGAUCAAUCCCUGUACUGUUCUGAAGACGCGAGCAUCUCUACCGUGUCAAACCACUACACGAGCAGUCACACCGCCACCCAAUAUCCGUUUUACUCGGGCCCGCCAGAACCCAGGGACAUCAUACCCCGCGCUUCACCUUCGCGUCCGAGUUCGACGCACGUCGCCCCGCCCGUCACCCCCGCAUCGGCGAUGGCAGCCCUCAAGUCGCUGUCGAUCAGGCCGGCAAGUCCCACCUCACCGGUAGGGACGUACCACCAGGGGAUCUGGCCGUUCGCCCGUAGCGUUACCGCGGCGAGCCCGGGCAGUUCCUACUCGAAGCAAAACGCAGGUCUCUACGCAUCUACUUAUGAUGGUGCCUACUACGGCGGCGGCAGCGAUUAUUACGGGACGAGCUCCGACCGGCCGUUACCUUCACGCAGGCCCGCGGCGUAUUCGAGGCCCAAGAGCAUUGAGCUCGUGACGCCCAUGUUGGGGCGGUAG